CACUCUGUCAGCCAAUAUACAAUUACAUUAUACUCUUUUGACCAUGAGGACCCACGUUGCGCUUCUUGUUCUCUUAAACUGCUUGCUCAUUUGGAGCUUUCAGCCGCCUGUGAUGAAGCGACUCUCAAAUACAAUCCACUCCGAUGUCCAUCCUACGAUACCAAAAUCCGGAUCCACGGCUAUUGGGAGCACAUCACCCGGACAAACCAUCCGCAGUACCAUGGACGUUGUCCCUAUCCGCACAAUAUACCCGUUGAAAACGCUGUCGCCAUACGAAAGACACGCGAACAGUUACUCACCAAGUUGUAUAGUCGCCAAACCCUCUCAGGCCAGUGUUCGUACCACACCCAGCUCGGUCAAUCGCUCUCGGGACACAGAUUCAAUUUCAAAUACCCCUACGACUAGUAGUGCCUCGUUCGGAUGCCCUACAGACCUUAAAGGCCAGUCGGGAGGUUUCAGCAGUGACCUUGCUGUUGCGAUACUGUUCGGAACACUCAGUUUCGUAACUGCACUGGUGAACAUUUGGCUCCAAUACGAGGCUUUGCAGAGGCAGGACCUAAACGUCGGUAUGUUAAUUUAUUUGCACGGUGAAAACGAUCAUUCACGCUGA